AUGUCAGCUGCAGCCGAUCCCCUCUCCCUGCAGGAAGGCGGCACAUCAUAUGACCCUUUCCCCACCUUUAAGUACUCCGGGCCCCUUCGGCCUGCCUACCCGCUCUCGCCCAAGUCAAAAGUACCCUCGCACAUUGUCAGACCCAACUAUGCGCGCGAAUCGGUGAGCAUAAUUUCCAGAGAAGGCAUCAGGCUGCAGUGGGAUAUCAAGAACAUCAAGAUUAACAGCAAAGAAGAGCAAGAAGGUGUACGCAAAGCUGCUAUUCUCGCCCGAGAGGUCCUCGACAUCUGCGGUGCAGCGGUACGACCGGGGAUCACAACGGAUGAAAUCGACCGGAUAUGCGUCGAGGAAGCGAUCAAGCGCGACUGCUACCCAUCGCCUUUGGGGUACCAUGGCUAUCCAAAGAGCAUCUGCACAUCAAUAAAUGAGGUUAUCUGCCACGGAAUCCCCGACCAGACCGUCCUCAAAGAUGGAGACACGAUCAAUCUGGAUGUGACGCUGUUUCACAAAGGCUUUCAUGGCGACUUGAAUGCCACCUACGCAGUUGGCGAGAAGGCGCGAGAGAAUGCAGACGCCAUGAAGCUCAUCAAGACCGCUCGAGCCUGUCUCGACGCGGCGAUAUCCCUAUGCGGACCCGGCAUCCCCUAUGGUGCGAUUGGGCAUGUGAUUCAGCCACUCGCUGAAGCACAGGGGUGCGCAGUGGUGAAGAACUAUACCGGCCACGGCAUUGGCCGUUACUUCCACGGUUCGCCGACCGUCUUCCAUCACAAGACCAAAAAGGCAUAUGGCGUGAUGCAGCCGGGACAUAUUUUCACAAUCGAGCCAAUGCUAAACUUGGGCGACAAGUGGCAGGAUCUCAGUUGGCCGGACGACUGGACCGUCACGACAACCGACGGCGCGUGGUCUGCCGCCGCGGAAGAAACGUUGCUCAUCACGGAGAAUGGCGUCGAGGUGCUCACCGCGCAAGGUGGACCAAGGAAGUACGACACGACGAAGCGCAGGCAGGCGUGGGCUGUGCAGCAGCAAGCCCAAUCAAAGGCCAAGUGA